GAAAUGAUGCGAGCGUCUCGAAAUGAACUUCUGUUUAAUGCGAUGACUCGAUUAUUACAGAGAAAGGGGGAGCAUCUGUGUGACGACAAAAAAAGAGCAACGUGCUUGAAGUCAUGCAACAAUCUGAAUAAAACCCACGAGCGCGUGCAUGUUUCAUCACACACCCGCGACUACCUGAACUACACACGAGCUCUGCAAACAUACACACCCUUUUGAAAAUACGGAUUUGUGUUUGAUCGAAAAACACAAGACAUAAGUUUGGUUUUGCUGUAAGAAGAGGAAGAACAGAAGACUUCGCAAUAGCUUGACUUUCGCAACACAGAGCAAGAUGGAGAAGAUGAAAGACAGUAAGGGGAAGCAGGUGACAUUGUGCCUCAUGUUCUGCGUGUCCACAGCCGUCAUCGGCUCCCUGCAGUUUGGCUACAACAUUGGUGUCAUCAACGCACCUGAUGUGAAAGUGCAGAACUUCUUCAGAAACGUGACUCUGGUGCGCACUGGAGAGCCGAUGGAUGAUUCCACAGUAACAACACUGUGGAGCAUUGCUGUGGCCAUCUUCAAUUUCGGAGGCAUGAUCGGGUCUCUCAGUGUCGGAGCUUUGGUUAACAAGCUUGGAGGACGGAAGUCCAUGCUGCUGUCCAACAUCCUGGCUCUGAUUGGUGGAGGCCUGAUGGGUUUAUCCAGCAUAUGCACUUCCUACGAGCUGCUGAUUGUUGGCAGAUUGGUGAUCGGUGUGUUCUGUGGUCUGAGUACUGGACUGACACCCAUGUAUGUUGGUGAAAUUGCUCCAACGGCACUGCGAGGAGCUUUUGGUACCCUUCACCAGCUCGGGGUGGUCAUUGGCAUCCUGGUUGCACAGAUCUUGGGUCUGGAGUCACUGCUGGGAUCUCAGACUUUGUGGCCAUUGCUGCUGGCUCUGACGGCACUGCCUGCAGUAAUACAGAGCAUAAUGCUAAUCUUCUGCCUAGAGAGCCCCCGAUACCUGCUGAUCAGCCUGAACAAGGAGGAUGAGGCCCGCCAAGUGCUGACCAGUCUCCGGGGGCAUACAGAUGUGGAGGAUGACAUUCGUGAAAUGAAGGAUGAGGCCAUGAAAAUGUCCAUGGAGAAGAGGGUGUCUAUCCCAGAGCUGUUCCGUAACCCUGCCUACAGACAGCCCAUUAUUAUCGCCAUAAUCCUGCAGCUUUCCCAACAACUGUCCGGCAUUAAUGCUGUCAUGUAUUACUCAACAGAGAUUUUUAGAAACGCAGGUAUCACUGAGCCGGUCUUUGCCACCAUUGGAAUGGGCGUAGUCAACACUGUCUUUACUGUUGUCUCUCUCUUCCUGGUGGAGAGAGCAGGGAGAAGAACGCUGCAUUUGAUUGGGCUGACUGGAAUGACGUUCUGUGUUCUGCUCGUCACCAUUUCUCUGAAACUUGUGGACUCUGAAAUAGAAAAGGCUAAACUGCUUGAGAACAGCACUGCCAUCAUUGAUUCUGCAUCUCAGUCAGAGGGUAUUUCAACAGUCAAAGUUCUGGCCAUUCUGGCAGUGUUUGGAUUUGUGGCUAGUUUUGAGAUGGGACCAGGACCCAUCCCAUGGUUUAUAGUUGCGGAAUUAUUCGCCCAAGGUCCACGUCCGGCAGCAAUGGCUGUGGCAGGAUGCUGCAAUUGGACCGCCAGCUUCCUAGUUGGAUUGCUUUUCCCAAUACUAUCAAAAAAGUGUGGGGCUUACGUGUUUAUCAUAUUCCUCAUCCUCCUCAUUGUCUUCAUCGUUUUUACCUACUUCCGUGUUCCCGAGACCAAAGGCCGGACUUUCGAGGAUAUUGCCAGUGGUUUUUCCACUGCCACAGACUCCAACACUGCCAACUACAAGUCCGCAGAGGGCGCCGUUUCUCUGCCAAUUUCCCCAUCAUCAGAGAAGUUUCAGAUGACUGAGCUGGCGGGACAGGAGAAAAGCUGAACAAAAGUACAGAACAUGACCUAUAUACAGUACUCUAAACAGACGCUUACAACAGAUGCAGCUAAAACAUGGGCAUUUGUCUAAGUUUUUAGACGCAUGGAAACAUGGAGGGCAAUAGAUAUGUCAAGUUUCCAUUCAUUUCAAUCUUCUAAUAUUUAGAUGACUUCCCAAAAGAAGAAAAGUUUUGGGCACCUGCUGCAGUAUUUAAGUCACUAAACACUGUGAAAUUUAAAUAAUGCUUAGAGAAAAAACUGAUUAACAUGACUUAAUAUAAUAAAAAAAGCAUAUGAUCUCACAAUAUGAACAUCUAAGGGUCAUAAACUAUAUAUAUUUAUUAAUUUAAUAACACUCUCUCAGGUCCACUUAUAAUAUCAGCAGAGAUUUACAUAAAAAUGAUAGGCUUCUUUUAAAAAUACUCCACUGAUGACUGUGUCCACCUGUGUCUUGUGUAAAAGCCAAGUCACAGCUAGCAAAUGAACAGUGUCUUACAGAUGGGAUCUGUAUAUUAGAUUUAUAAGUUAAAGAUAAUCAAAACAACAGAUGACAACAUUAAAACAACAGUGAUUUCUGUCAACACUGGAUUUGGCAUGGGCUGGUAUAAGAUGCUGACGGUAUGAUAACCUUGGAUAAAAAUGAUCACUAUUGUGAUUACUACUCUAAUAUAUAUAUAUAUAUUUUUUUUUUUUAAUUGUCUGGGCAGAAAAACAACUUUUUUUUCCUUUUUAAACACAAUAUAUUUUAUUUUAAGAAACAUUUCAAAUAAUUUGGAACCGUAAACAUGUCAGGCAAAAUAAUUCAAAUGAAUUAUUGACUUCUGCUGUCUUCAUUUAUUUCAAACACAGAUAUUUUUUUAACCAUUUAAAACGACAUUUUUGAAUUUAUUUUUGUCCUAAAAAAACAAACAAAAAAAGUAAAUAGUAAAAUCAUACACAUACCUUAGGAAUGGUAUAGCAGAAAAUGUUGAAGGAUUUAAAACCUUAACUUUUUCAAACCACAGUAUACCUUGAAAAUGGUUAUCGUCCCAUGUGGCAAAAAGUGACAGAUUUCUGAAUUACUCCAAAGUAAAUCAGAAAUCAAGUUCUGAUUUACUCCAUUUCUAAUUUAAUUUCCAAAAUGUACUCCAUUUCUUCCAGGUUUAUCUACAACUUGGUGUGUUUGGAUCUCUCUUACAUUUACUCUUCUCCUAAAUGCACAAAUCAAUGUGUGGGGCUGAAUAGGCAAAUAUAUAAAAUUAUCUUAUUAAACUUUUCUCAUAAUUAUACCCACCGCCAUCAAAGACGUCAAAAGUCAAUCAAUUUCAAUGCGAGUUGGCGGCAUUCUCCAGCGAGAAUGAAUUGGUCAGUGUGUGCAUCAAGAGAGUUGAAAUCAGGUCAACUCUCCUUUAUGGUAAUGAGCUAUGACAUGGUGUGUCAGCAACCAAUCGGAAUGUAGAAGUCCACUGCUUGAAAGGAUUCCAGAGAAUGCAGUUCUGUAAACUGGUUCCAUCCACAUUAAUUGCCAAACAAAAUAAAGCAGACAGUGAUUAUUGCUGUGGCAGGUUUCCCAGUUUCUAAUGUAGCUUUGCACAAAUUAUAAUUAAUAUUAGGACCAAAACAUCAGACUAGCACUUAAACAUGAACACAAAAGCCUCAUCACACAAAUGGCUUUUAAUUCCUUUAUUUUGUUAGAAAACAUUUAAAAAUGCUCUCGCCUGAAAUGACGUAAACGCAUCAAACAGGCCAUGCUUUCAAGCUGUUUUUGGCCUAAUGAGGAAGCAACAUGUCAAACAAUCAUCGAAGUUUCAUCAAGACAAAUGAUUUAAGCAGUUUUAAUGGUUUUCUUCGGGAAAAUGUGUAUUGGACAAACCUGUUUACUUGUAUAUAGUUUUAAAUCAACGAUUACAACGAAAAAAGUGUUACAUUUUCAUAUUAUUCUUUGUCACUGCAUUAAUACUGAUACAAAUAUAGCAUAACAAUAGCAAUCAAUAGUCGAAAGCCUUGUUUUGCCCUCCAUGUGACGUUAAAUGAAAACUAUAAAUUACAAAGGAAAAAGCUUGGAGUAUUUAUUUAGUAGGUAAUAAAAUUGUUGCACAUCAGUGUUUUGACAUCAAAAUGUUACUGUGCUAGUGUUACGGACAGCAGCUGCUGUAAUAAUAAUAAUAUUAAUAAUAAUAAUAAUCACAUUUCUAUUGUCGAUUCACUGGCUUUUUUCCCUUAUAGUUCGGGUUGAAAACUGUACAAACUACUGAGGUCAGUCAGCAACUUUUGUUAUUGAAUGCCUUUUCACUAUUGGAAGUUAUAUUGUCAUUAUGAACACAGUGAAAGAACUCGUUUGUUCUGUUACAUGUGGUUGUGCACAUCUAUGAUAGAUUGCUGAAUGUUGAGUUUGAUAUGGAGUUUUAAGAUCAAUUCUACUGAGCACUAAGCACUUGUCCAUAAUCAUGUGGAAUGUUAAACUGAUUGCUAUGACUUGUUUAAAUGAAUAAUUAGUCUGUAUUGUCUAAAGACUCAAGUCAUACUGAAUUUAAUUUACGGAAGCUAAUCAGUCUUGCUGAUGUCCUUUCACACCGCUGUCCUUUUAGACUCCCGUUGUGCUUUUGUGGCUACAAUUCAGGCCGUUAGCAUCUGUAAUUUUGUGUGAAGCAGCUCACAUGGUCAGUCAGGAAUUUGAUUGUUGACUUAAAAUGAUUUAUAAUUUUGCUGUUUAAUUUAGAUUUUUAACUCUGCGUUUUUUGUUGUUGUUGUUGUUUUUGGUCAUACUAAUUUUUUUAAUUCAUGCAUUUAGGCCAAAAGCACUGUGUGAUAUGCAAGUGCCUAAUUGGAGUGAUUCAUCAACACACAUUUCUCAUUGAGCACACAGAAAUAUAACAAAGUUUACUGUAAAAGUAUGGUUGUACUGUCUAAAUAUGUAUUGUUUGUUUACAAUUAUUUUUAUAUAUUUUUUGCACUCUCAUGACUGAAAUACCAUGUUUUUUUGUACGCACCAAAGAUGUCUCUUUUUGAAAGAUUGUUUUGUAUUUAUAUUUGGAUAUUUUAUAUUUAUGGCAAUUAUCAUUUUAAAAAUGUUUUACAGCAUUUCACAUUUGCUUAUUAGUAUUUGUAAUACCAUGAGCACUUGGAUACAUAUUUAUUUUUGUCAGAUUA